ACGGAAAGUUCGCUAAAGUUGCGGCUUAAAUAAAAAAGUUGGUGUCUUUUAGAACUCGAAUUCCAAUAGAAACAUACUGUGGAUACCUAAAAGGGUUCCUUUGGAGAACAAUUAAAUAGAACAACCUGAAGGCGCAUUUACAAACCAACUGCUUGCAAACUGGGCGCUAUGAGGGUUUUAUUAUCGAAACUCCCUCGACCCUGGAUAGUCGAUGAGAAGAAGGAUGAUGGCUACACCGCUCUUCACCUGGCAGCUCUUAACAAUCAUGUGGAGGUUGCAGAGCAAUUGGCUCGAGCUGGCAAAGCUGACUUGGACCUACAAAAUGUCAACUUGCAAACAGCCCUGCACUUGGCCGUGGAACGCCAGCACACCCAAAUCGUUAAGCUCUUGGUACGCGAGGGUGCAAAUUUGAACGUGGCUGACAAGGAUGGAGACACCCCCCUCCAUGAAGCUCUACGCCAUCACACCCUCUCACAGCUACGUCAACUCCAGGAUGUUCAGGAUGUUGGUCGACUUUUAAUGGGUUUGGGUGCCCAGGGUCAGGAUAAGAAAAGCAGCUCCUUUAUUGCCUGCUUCCUUGCAGCCCAUGGCGCCGAUCUAGAGCUCAAAAACAAAAAAGGACAGGCUCCUCUCGACCUCUGUCCGGAUCCGAAUCUCUGCAAAACUCUCACCACUUGUUACAAGGACACUGAAUCACAUGACAUCGAACCUGUGAGUUCGUCAGCGACGAUUGACGAGUGCCUGGUGUGCUCUGAUGGAAAACGAGAAGUUCUGUUUGGCCCAUGUGGACACGUUGCCUGCUGUAACGCAUGUGCGCCGAGAGUCAAGAAGUGUUUGAUCUGCCGAGAGAAUGUCAUGUCCAGAGGAAAAAUAGAAGAAUGUGUCGUAUGUUCGGAUCGAAAAGCGGGUGUCCUAUUUCGUCCUUGCGGUCACAUGUGUGCCUGUGAUGCCUGUGCUGCCUUAAUGAAGAAAUGCGUCCAGUGUCGUGCCCAUAUUCAACAUAUGGUACCCAUGUCAGUUUGCUGUGGUGGAGGAGGUGACGUCACGUACGUGAAAGGGUGCAAUACCACAGCAGACAAAGAAUCUUCAGGAGAGGCAUCUUUGUACUUCGAGGAUGAGGUCGAUGAGGAAGCAAACGCCAAAAAAAGAAAUCAUGCAGGUGCAUUACCUGAAGUAAAAGUUGACCAGGAAGAAGAACCGGUACCUACAAAUACCAGUGGUGGUGAAACUAUCUUAAUGAACAACGGAAGUCGAGAUACUUCACAUAGUGAUAUACAAAAAUUGCAACAGCAGCUUCAAGAUAUCAAAGAACAGACAAUGUGUCCAGUUUGCCUUGACCGCCUGAAGAACAUGAUCUUCCUCUGUGGACACGGAACAUGCCAAAUGUGCGGUGACCGCAUGUCCGAGUGUCCCAUUUGUCGCAAGGCCGUUGAUAAGCGAAUCUUACUCUACUAAAUUUAACGAAAAAAAAAAACAAGACUGGGGAAUUUAAAUUUAAAGAAAUUAGCGUUGUUGACUUAAAACAAGUUUAAUAAGUGAGACUACCAUAAGUUUUUCAAUUCGAUGGAAAAAAAGCGCGUCUUGUUUUAUUAUAAGAUAUCGAGCUUCACUUUUAUCUUCGUAUUCGAUCAUCUGUUCUUUGAUAUUGUAAUUAGUACAUUAGUUAUUUAAUUAUUACGUGAAAUUGCUACACACUAGAUGAUUGAAAUUGAGAGCCAUCUGCGUCGGAAUUGAGUAAUCGAGCAAACUCGAAUUAAUAUUCUUCAGACAAACUUUUAUCGGAGCCUUCCAAACAAGUUCAUUUGAAUAUCAAGUUAAAACCGAUUUAUGUCGGUUGUCGACAUUCAGCAUUCAACUCCCCAUUUUAAAAAUUCUAAUCUAGCAUUUCAGAUUUAGACUAGAGCUCACGUGAAGUUAUCUGUAGGUCAUCAACGAUUUAAUUAUUUUUCAAAUUUUGCUUAAUAUUAAAAUAACUAUUUUCAAUUUUGCAAAUUAAAUUGAAAAAUAUUUUUUUAUAUUCUUUUUUUUUAAAUAGAUUUUUAAAAAUUUUCAUGUGAUUAUCGCGGUUUUGUAAAACCACACUAGAAUGCUGAAGAACCUUGAAAAAAGUAUUGCAUUUAUUGUAAAUUAUCAAUUUGCUAAUAAGUAACUAGAGCAGCGAAAUAUUUUUUAAACACCUGUUAUAUUGUUUGUACACUUAUAAUUCCGGGCUAAAAAAAUGUAAUGUUUUCAAAAGUGCAAUUUUUCUAUUGAAGCAAGUGUUCUUAAACUGAAAGAAGUUAAUCAGCUAUUGUAGAUAUAAUUGUUUAAAAAUGUCACAUUAGUGUGUGAUGCACUUAAGAAUGCUGGUAAAAAUCUCAAUUAUGGGUCGCUCUUUGACAUGUAAAAUAACUUUGAACUUAAAUUUGAAACUGGAAAAGUUUCAAUUUUAUAUUUUAUAAUUCGAAUUUCACACCCUUGAAUCUUUAAAAUUAGACACUUUUAACUGUGAACUUUUUCACUAAGUGAAUUUUUACAAAGAGCGAUUCAGAUAGAAUAAUUUUGUACGCAGAAAAGUUGACUCUAUAAUCGUAUUUAUCGGAGGAAUUUCAUAACUGAGAUCUUAAACGCUGUUUCUUAAUUCUAAUUUGUUUGUACAACGCGAAAAUGGUUUGAGAGAACGCACAAUUAUUAUCUAAAGAUAGUAAUCGCAUUUAGACAGCCAUUCUCACUGCAACUGUUAACAGCUAUAUAUCUGCAAUUUAUAUAUUACAUAUACAUAUAUAUACACAUCUUCUAUUUGUGCAAUUUUUAGGAUAUUUUUAUGUUUACUAUUUACACGUUUUUGUUGCCAAAGUGCUGUACAACUAUUUCGAAGAUAUUUUCGAGGACAUAGGCUGUAGAUUAGAAAUUUAAUUUUUCUAUUGUGUUCACUUUUGAUAUCUUUUUCAUCUUACUCAUACGUAAAUGCGUUUUAUGUUUUCUCUGUAACUUAGGGUGUAAAUAUUCGGGAAUCGACGAUUCCACCUUUGUAUCUUUUUGGACGUUCUUCCAUUUUUAUCAAAUGCCUCAAGACUGCAGUGAAAACUCGCAUAUCCAAAACCAGUGAGAAUAGCUGUGAAGUUCUAAUAAAGCGUCCACAGAUAUUUUCAAAUUUACAUAGUUGUAGUUAUUCGAAGUUUUCGAUUUACUUCGCCAUUCCUAGAACUUCAGAUACUUGCGCGGGCGCCAUUAAAAAAAGAAAAAGACAAGGCAUCGACUUAUAAACCUCUGUGGUUAAUAUACAUCGCAAAUUAUGUAAAAAAUGACUUUAUUCAAGAAAUUGUUGUAUAAUAUUAAUAUUAUUCACUAUUUGUAUAUACAGCCGACUUUUUGUCGAAGUAAACGAAUGUGCGAGGCAUUAUGUAGAGUUGAAUACGAACCUUCACCUACAAUCGCACCGCUGAUUAAUGACGCGAGAAUUUACACUCUAUAAGAGGCAUUCACUUUCAUUUUAUUGGCAGUGUAAUUGUCGGCGAAACACUCGGUAAGUUUCAUGAUAGCAGACCAUUGCAAGCGAUGCGAUAUAAAUCGUUACAAGACUCAACCAGCGAGGUAUAAAUUAACAUAUGUGAAAUUUAUUGUUAUAUUAAAUUCUUAAUAACAAG